CUGUGGCUUUCAUCGUUCUUAGAACGCCCAAAAAUAAACUGCUGAUUUGGGCCUUUGAAGGCUCAGUUCAUUGAGAAGAUAAAGUGACCGCCAAAUUGCUGCUCUGGAAUGGCGUCCCUUCUCAGCCCAUCAACGCCGCCAUCCGCCAUUCACCUGAGACCAAAGGUGAAUCUUCUCAAUUUCAGUUUUGUACCUACAAACCCUUCAUUAAAAAAUUAUGGGAAAAUUGGAAGGACUGGUGGUUAUGGUUAUCAUGGAAGUUGCUUUACAACAAGAGCCAAGGGAGGUAUUGAACAAGAUGUGAUUGAGAAAGAUAAAGAGCCAAUUGAAAUUGAUGUCGAGAAUGAUUAUGGAGCAGUUGGCGUUCACCACGUCGGAGUACUUUGUGAGAAUCUUGAGAGGUCACUUCAUUUUUAUCUAAACAUUCUAGGUCUUAAAAUAAACGAAGCGAGGCCACACGAUAAGCUUCCUUAUAGAGGUGCUUGGUUGUGGGUGGGUGCUGAGAUGAUUCAUUUGAUGGAACUUCCAAACCCUGAUCCUUUAUCUGGACGACCUGAACACGGAGGCCGCGAUCGUCAUACUUGUAUCGGAAUUAGGGACGUGUCGAAGUUGAAAGUGAUCCUUGAUAAAGCUGGUAUUCCCUAUACGCUUAGCAAGUCAGGAAGGCCAGCAAUUUUUACAAGAGAUCCAGAUGCAAAUGCGUUAGAAUUUACUCAAGUGGAUGGCUGAUUCAUUUCUUAUCAAAUAGACUCUUGUUAUGAUCUAUAAGCUUCCAUUGCUUUAAGAAGCACCUCACGAUCUUCAGAUCACUGAAAAGGUCAGUUGCAAUAUAAUAUGGUUUCGGAUGAACCAACAACAUGAUAUCAUCUUACUGCAAGGAAACUAGAUAUGAUUGUAUGUAUGCAUGUCCUGUACAAAUAAGCCAGCAAUAUGCUAUAGCCUGUAAAUUUAUAAAUCGAGCAUCUUCUCUGUAUUUUUCUCUUCUUUCUGUAAGCCAUAAUAUUAAUGGUGUUUCAGAGUUUUACUGGUCUAAUCUUUGAAGCUUCCCUUGAAGGAUUUAA